CGCGCUUCAACUUCGGUUGGUGUGUGUCGAAGAAACCUGACGGUGACCUGAGGAGAACAGCGAAGAGGGUCCACCGAGCCUCGCGGAAGGUCCGCUGAGCGGGCUCGCGUCCGGAGCCACUCCGGGCUGCGGAGCACCCAGCGGAGCCCACGCCUGGCGCAGGUGUGGGACCCCGUCCUUCGUGUCUUCGCAGAGGAGUCCUCGCGUGGUGAGUAUGCGAAACAAAAAGCUUUUGAAAACAAAAAGAAGAAAGGGUGGAAGAGGAGGCCAGGACCCAGGCCUCCAUCCCCACAGGAGUGAAGCCACACCUGGGAGGUCUCCUCCCACCCCAACUCUCACCCUGGGGCCCGACUGCCCCCCUCCUCCUCCUCCUCCUCCCCCCAACGCUCCCUCCUCCUCCACCGCCUCCGCCUCCGCCUCCUCCUCCCGCAGCGGCCAGAGGGGCCAGUACAUCCCCAACCUGGCAGAACGAAGGCGGGACGAUCUCUCUGAAGAGAUCAACUCCCUCAGAGAGAAGGUCAUGAAGCAGUCCGAGGAGAACAACAACCUGCAGAACCAGGUGCAGAAGCUCACAGAGGAGAACACCUCCCUUCGUGAGCAAGUGGAGCCUGCCCCUCAGGACGAGGAAGAUGACAUCGAGCUCCGCGGUGCUGCAGCGGCUGCUGCCCCACCCACCCCGGUAGAGGAAGAGUGCCCAGACGACCUUCCCGAGAAGUUUGACGGCAACCCAGACACGCUGGUUCCUUUCAUGGCCCAGUGCCAGCUCUUCAUGGAAAAGAGCACCAGAGAUUUCUCAGUUGAUCGCGUCCGCGUCUGCUUCGUGACAAGCAUGAUGACCGGCCGUGCCGCCCGCUGGGCCUCGGCAAAGCUGGAGCGAUCCCACUACCUGAUGCACAACUACCCAGCCUUCAUGACCGAAAUGAAGCACGUCUUUGAAGACCCUCAGCGGCGAGAAGCUGCCAAGCGCAAGAUCAGACGUCUGCGCCAAGGCAUGGGGUCCGUCAUCGACUAUUCCAACGCUUUCCAGAUGAUUGCCCAGGACCUGGAUUGGAAUGAGCCUGCGCUGAUUGACCAGUACCACGAGGGCCUCAGCGACCACAUCCAGGCGGAGCUCUCGCGCCUCGAAGUUGCCAAGUCGCUGUCCGCCCUGAUCGGCCAGUGCAUCCACAUCGAGAGAAGGCUGGCCCGGGCAGCCGCCGCUCGCAAGCCGCGCUCCCCGCCGCGGGCGCUGGUGUUGCCGCACAUCGCGCACCACCACCAGGUGGAUCCGACCGAGCCGGUGGGAGGGGCCCGCAUGCGCCUGACCCAGGAAGAAAAAGAAAGACGCCGCAAGCUGAACCUCUGCCUCUACUGUGGAAAUGGAGGUCACUACGCCGACAACUGUCCUGCCAAGGCCUCAAAGGCUUCGCGCGGGAAACUCCCCGGCCCCGCUGUAGAGGGACCUUCAGCGACCGGGCCAGAAAUAAUAAGGUCCCCACAAGAUGAUGCUUCAUCUCCACACUUGCAAGUGAUGCUCCAGAUUCAUCUUCCGGGCCGACACACCCUGUUCGUCCGAGCCAUGAUUGAUUCUGGAGCUUCUGGCAACUUCAUUGAUCACGAAUACGUUGCUCAAAAUGGAAUUCCUCUGAGAAUCAAGGACUGGCCGAUACUUGUAGAAGCAAUUGAUGGACGUCCCAUAGCGUCGGGCCCAGUUGUCCACGAAACGCACGACCUGAUUGUCGACUUGGGAGAUCACCGUGAGGUGCUGUCGUUUGAUGUGACUCAGUCUCCGUUCUUCCCUGUUGUUCUGGGGGUGCGCUGGCUGAGCACACAUGAUCCCAACAUCACAUGGAGCACCCGGUCUAUAGUCUUUGAUUCUGAGUAUUGCCGAUAUCACUGCCGGAUGUAUUCUCCAAUCCCACCAUCCCUCCCACCACCAGCACAGCCGUCAUUUUAUUACCCGGUAGACGGAUGCAGAGUUUACCCACCGGUGAGAUAUUACUACGUCCAGAAUGUAUACACUCCAGUGGAUGAGAACGUCUAUCCAGAUCACCGCCUGGUUGACCCUACCAUAGAAAUGAUACCUGGAGCACACAGUAUUCCCAGCGGACACGUGUACUCACUGUCCGAAUCUGAAAUGGCAGCUCUGCGAGAUUUUGUGGCCAGAAAUGUGAAAGAUGGACUGAUCACUCCGACAAUCGCCCCUAACGGAGCCCAAGUUCUUCAAGUGAAAAGGGGGUGGAAACUGCAAGUUUCUUACGACUGCCGAGCUCCCAACAAUUUCACUAUCCAGAAUCAGUAUCCUCGACUCUCUAUUCCAAAUUUGGAAGACCAAGCUCACCUGGCAACGUACACUGAAUACGUUCCUCAGAUACCUGGAUACCAAACGUACCCCACGUACGCCACGUACCCGACCUACCCAGUAGGAUUCGCGUGGUACCCAGUGGGACGCGACGGCCAGGGGCGAUCGCUGUAUGUUCCUGUAAUGAUCACCUGGAAUCCGCAUUGGUACCGCCAGCCGCCCGUACCCCAGUAUCCGCCGCCGCAGCCGCCGCCGCCACCUCCGCCUCCGCCGCCGCCGCCAUCCUACAGCGCCAUGUGAAUACCUGUCAUGUCCUGCAGGAUCUCUGCCCUCAAAAUGUUUUCCUGUUCAGCUUCUCAAUCAGUGACUGUGUGCUAAAUUGGGCUACUGCAUCUUUAGGCCAACCCCAGGCACGGUCCUCUCUGAAAUUCAGGCUGCAGGUCAGGGCUGUCCUGCACUAGCACUUAUCCCGAAAGACCUCCACUAUCUUCUGGGAGAGACAGAAUAUUUACCAACAAAUUAUCUCUCAGUUUUCCACCUUGACUGCCAAUCUAACUAAAAUUCGUAAAAAGUUUACUUCCCAGCAAAUUCUGGAAGCACUGAAACCUCUGUCACCAUCUGAAUUGUAGGCUGCCAAAUUUCUCGUACAUAUACAGAGAAGCUGAUGC